UCACGGGGAGGAAAGUUAAGUAGCCAAAAGAAAGAAGGAAUUGCCGAAGUCAGGAGCGGCAGCGAAGCGAGAAAGGCAGCUGCCGUCGGUCCUCUCGCAGCAGACCUCCAUGGCGGCGACGGCGUUUGCGGCGUCCUCAACGGCUGCCGCGGUGCUGGGCGGAGCUCGCCUCCCUGUACCCGGCUCCGCCGUCCUCAUCCCGCCGCGACCUCGCCGUUCCUCGUCCCUGCCUCUCCCCCUUUCCUCCUCCCACUCCCAUGAUGUUUGCAGGUUUUCUUCGCUCCGGGUAAGAGCAUCUUCAUCAUCAGAAGAGUCAUCUGGCUCUGUUCAAACUGAUGAGCCCCUGGCAGAUUUGAAGGACAAAUGGGACUCGAUUGAGAACAAAUCCACGGUCUUCUUGUACGGCGGAGGUGCAAUUGUUGCAGUGUGGCUAUCUUCCAUAAUCGUCGGUGCUGUCAACUCAGUUCCUCUGCUUCCAAAGAUCAUGGAAUUAGUGGGGCUUGGAUACACUGGAUGGUUCGUAUACCGUUAUUUACUUCUCAAGGAAAGCAGAAAAGAAUUAGCCAGUGAUAUUGAAUCUUUGAAGAAGAAGAUUGUCGGAACAGCUCCGGGUGGUGAUCAAGGGGCGUUCUUUGGAGAUUGGACGGUCCAGACCACCCGGGAGCUCGGUCCGCAACCGAGGGGACGGAUCCGUCGAGGCCCUCUUCUCCGGCGACCCCUCCGCGGUCGACCAGAUGGUCGAGAGGCGCUGCAGGGUGGGCCCCUCCUCAGUCUCCGUCACCGCCCUUGCCUCCUUUCCUUCCGACGAGGAUCUCGGUCAAGGGUUCCAACGCAAACCUACGGCUUAAAUAGAAUCAUACAAUUAGUUCGAAUUGCAUAUCAAGAAUCUGGGUUACUCCUGCACUGUCUUUGAUCGAGCGGAGUGAAUAAUGUUUUGUAUGGUUUCUGUAUGAUGGAAAACAUUUCAGGCCAUCGAAUGCUAUUUUGUGGUGGAUAGUAGACACUCAUUAAUGUGGAAGAUAAUACCUUUUUCUGUACACCAUUGAAAUGCUAGAUAGAAAAGUGUGAAGCAAAUUAAGAGCUAUCAUCGUGUGUUGUCAUCUUCUGAACUGAAGAAUCAACCUUUCUAUGUACAAUAGUGAUCUUGGCGAAAAAAUCAUUAGAUGCCAACCAGAAGCUGCAACACAGAUGACACUUUCUAGAUUACCUAAAGCCCUACUCGUUUCUUCUUCGAGUCAGGAAAGUAUGGGUUUUUGAGCUUACUCAUCUUCGGUGCAGCACUUCCAUAGCAAAUAUUUGAAAUGGAGCAUGUUUGAUUAUUCAUCAGAGGGCGAUGUCAUUGACAACAAAGGAUGAAUGCAAUCUGCAAUGGCUCUCGCUUGAUCCCCAACGGAGAAAAACUUCUAUGGAUGUUGCCACAGAAGGGUAACCAAAGCUGAUGGAUAUCAUUGAUUGGGUUUGUCAAAGAGACGGAUGGUGACAUCGAGAAUACUGCUGGGGAAAUUUAUUUGGACGGAAUUUUCUGUAGCCUAUGCAUUAUCUGCUUGGACUUAUCCCAUGACACUGUAUCUUAUCCAUGAGUCUCAUCAGCUGAAAGUAUCAGCUAUCUCUUCAUGCUGGGGAGACUCACAUCCAAGUCCUAACAUAUGGCCAACACUGCCGUGCAAGGUAAUUGUGUUCUGAGGACAACUUAAUCCAUGAGAAAAACCAAUGAACACCUUAAUUCUCUCUUACCUUUUCUUGCUCUCAAACUUCUGACCUCUCCCUGUUCCUGAUCCCAGAUAUGUCUUCGCACUACAGUGGUUUGGAUUCCCAGUUGUUUACUGGUUACCCUUGGCUGAAUUGGAGGGAUGAUGCAAUCAAGAAAAAUAUGACUGUAAGGGAAAAGAGAGAUGUUCCAGAUUUUGCAAAGUCUUAUAAUCUUGCUGGUUUCCAGGAUGUUGUCGAGUUCUUCUUGACCUGCAUGGUCGGAGCACCAAUCAAGAUGAAACAGACAAUUGAGACCUUUCCUUCUGGUGCUUUUGCCUGUAAUCCUUUAUACUUUGAUAAAUUGAAAUGGUUUGUCGCCAUUUAGAAGAUCUGAAAAUGAUGUUUGAUCACCCA